AUGCCGGCGGCUUCACUGCGGCUCAGCCCGACACGUCUGGUCUGGCGAUAUACCCGAAAUGCGUGGCAGCUACGUCCUCCAACGACCAGGAGCAUAGCCUCCUCUGCAGCGGAAGCGGAAAGCACAUCUCUGGAUGGAAUCUCCCGACGAAACUUUGAGGAGCCGGCAGCAGCGCCGCCAAGUCGGCGUAGCAGGCUGAAGGAUGCCCGGCCUUUCUCGGACUUUCUCACCGACACGUAUCAGCGCCAGCAUGACUAUCUGCGCAUCUCGCUCACGGAGCGCUGUAACCUGCGCUGUGUCUACUGUAUGCCCGAGGAGGGGGUCCCGCUGUCCCCGCAAAGGGAGCUCCUGACCACGCCCGAGAUUGUCAUGCUGUCCUCGGUCUUUGUCUCGCAAGGCGUCAACAAGAUCCGGCUGACUGGCGGCGAGCCCACCGUCCGAAAGGACAUUCUACCGCUAAUGCAGCAGAUUGGCGCGCUUCGAAGUCACGGACUACGGGAGUUGUGUCUCACGACAAACGGUCUAGCCUUGCACCGGAAGCUCGAGGGCAUGGUCGAGGCUGGACUGACGGGAGUCAACCUCAGCUUGGAUACUCUCGACCCGUGGCAGUUCCAGAUCAUGACACGGAGAAAGGGCUUUGAUGCCGUCAUGAAGAGCAUUGACAGAGUCCUCGAACUGAACCGUCACGGGGCCGGCAUCAAGCUGAAAAUCAAUUGUGUCGUCAUGCGUGGAGUCAACGACCGCGAGAUCAUCCCUUUUAUUGAGAUGACCCGCGAACAAGAUAUUGAGAUUAGAUUCAUCGAGUACAUGCCUUUCGAUGGAAAUAAGUGGAACAAGGGAAAGAUGUACAGCUACAAUGAAAUGCUUGAUCUCAUCCGGGAGACGUAUCCCGGCCUGGAGAAAAUCCGGGACCACAAGAACGACACAAGCAAGACCUGGAAGAUACCUGGGUUCGUGGGUCGUAUUGGAUUCAUUACUAGCAUGACUCACAACUUCUGCGGCACCUGUAAUCGAUUGCGCAUCACGAGCGAUGGAAACCUCAAAGUCUGCUUGUUUGGCAAUGCGGAAGUGUCAGUACGAGAUAUCCUGAGAAAGUCCAACAAUGGCGAGCCGAUAGAAGAGGAGGCUUUUGAAGCCAUGAAGAAGAUUGAGAUGGACAGAAGGCAAGGGCUCAUCGAUAACUCCAAACCGCUAGGUCUAGCCCCCAAUGAGCAGGAGCUCUUGGAAGUCAUUGGAAUGGCUGUCAAGCGGAAAAAGGAAAAGCAUGCGGGCAUCGGUGAGCUAGAGCAUAUGAAGAACAGGCCAAUGAUCUUGAUAGAUCGCGGCCACCCAAACUUGAGUUCAGAUUCGCUGGCGCUGAGCCAACAAUGGAUCUCGGACAACCGCCACUCUUCUCGGCCGACAAUGAUGACCAAAAUUCCACUGCAUCUGCUACCUGGCGCUUCAUUCCCCUUUGUGCACGCCCGACUCUUCUCGACCUCGCGCCGCCUACUGGCAGCCAAGGACGAUAGCAUGUCCGCAUCACAACCGCCCAAGCUGACGCAUGUCUCGUCCUCGGGUGAAGCCCACAUGGUUUCCAUCUCGUCCAAGCAGCCAACGGCCCGUACCGCUAUAGCUGUCUGCCGCGUGCGCUUCAGCUCUGACGUCGCGACUACGCUGAUCCGCGAGAACGCGCUCAAAAAGGGCGACGUCCUAGGCGUGGCGCGCAUUGCCGGCAUCAUGGCGGCCAAGAGGACGCCGGACCUCAUCCCGCUAUGCCACCCCAUUGCCAUUUCUAAAGUCGCCGUGGAUCUGGUCGUGGUUGACGGCCACGACAUUGGGGGCGCUGCUGCUAUGGGGGAAGAGGCCAAGGGCAAAGACGAGCAAUCCCGCCGUAGCGGCAGCGUCGAGAUUGAGGCCACGGUAUCGUGCGAGGGCAAGACCGGCGUCGAGAUGGAGGCCUUGACGGCAGCUUCCACGGCGGCGCUUACCGUCUAUGACAUGUGCAAGGCGGUAGACAAGGGCAUGGUUAUCGAGGGCCUGAGAGUUGUGAUGAAGGAAGGCGGCAAGAGCGGGAAGUGGGUUGAAGGUAUUUCGCAGGAAACCAACUAG